AUGAAUGUUAGUGAACAACGUUAUGUACCAAAGAAAAAGGUUAAGGAACUUUAUUCGAGGCAAGAGCUUGUCGGUAGAGGUGCUUAUGGCGCUGUUUAUAAAGGGAUAAAUAAUGAAACGAAUCAAGUCGUAGCUAUUAAAGUGCUAAACCUGGAUACAGAAGAAGAUGACGUUGGUGAUAUUAUCAAGGAGAUAAACUUAUUAUCUCAACUAAAGCAUAGUGAUUCUCAAAGUAUAACUAAAUAUUAUGGAAGUUUUCUUCAUGGUACAAAGUUAUGGAUUAUCAUGGAAUACGCCGCAGGCGGAAGUAUUAGGUCAUUGGUAGAAGAAAAAUACAUAUCAUUGAUAACAAGGGAAGUCCUACAAGCAUUGAUUUAUUUACAUAAAUGUAAAAUUAUUCAUCGGGAUAUCAAAGCGGCAAAUAUUUUAUUAACGGAAGAAGGAAAGGUUCAAUUGUGUGAUUUUGGUGUGGCAGGACAAUUAACAGCUUCAUCCGCAAAAAGAACAUCAUUUGUUGAAAGAAUUUUGUUGUCGUGCUUUGGGAAAAGUUUUGGAAAGGAUUACGAAUAUGCGAGAUUAGAUCCCGGGAAGUUGAAAGGAUGCCUACAAAAAUCUUCAGAAAUUGAUGUAAUAAAGGAGGGAGCAACUUAUGACACAAAGGCGGAUAUAUGGUCUUUAGGGAUUACUGUAAUCGAAAUGGCUACAGGAAAUCCUCCUCAUCAUAAAUUAAGUGCUAUGAAAGCCAUACAACUUAUACCAAAAACUCCUCCGCCUCAGCUAGAAGAUAAAUUUUCUGUUCACAUAAGAGAACUGGUUUCUUUAUGUUUAAAUGAUUAUUCAGAACAGAGACCCACAGCAGAGGAAUUAAUGAAAUCUAAAUUCAUAAAAAGUGCUACAAAGCAUCCAAUUGGGUUAUUAAGAGAACUUAUCGCAAAGUAUGAACAAUGGAGACAGACAACCGGAUUUCGCCAUUCAUUCCAAGAUCCUAAUGGGACUCCGUCGAGUGAUUCAUAUGAUUUUGAGGAGAAACAAAAGGAAGAAGAGGAUGCUUGGGUGUUUGAUACAGUUCAAAAUACAGUAAAUCAUCGUAAAUCACAUUCCUUGGGAUCUCUUAUCAGUAAAUCAGAUCAGUUAUCACCCGUAAUGGAGGGAGAUGAACAGCAAGGAUUUAUAAUAGAUAAAAAACUAAAUGGAAUAUCUGGAGAUGAUACGGAUAGAACUGUUGUACCAAAAGAUACAACUUUUAGAUAUGGAAGAAUAAUAACUGAAGGUUUUCUUUCGCCUUCAAAACCAAUAUUUCAAAGAAAAUAUUCAGAGACUCAACAUCCUUUACUUCAACUGUUUAAUAAUGAAGAAUCACAAGAUAAUAUUUCAAAAGAUUCUUCACCAACUGGAAGCUAUAGAAGUCCAACUAUAGCAAUACCCCCGGUAAAUAUCAAUACUAUAAUGCCACAUAUGGAAGAUUCACCUUCAAGAACAAUGACACGAGCUCACUUCCAAACAACUUUUCUUGUUCCAAAGUCAAAAGAUUCUGAUAAUGGUUCUAUCGAUAGUAGGUUAUCAAAUUCGAGCAAAGAUGGUGUCGGGAGUUCGAAAUCACCUUUAUCAUCAUCAUUCAAUUCUGAUUCAUCUAUUUCAAUUUUAUCUACAAAUUCUGAAGUUUCAAAAAGUGUAACUACGGACAAACAACAAGAAGAAUCUUCUAUAUCAGCAUCACAAAAAAAUGCGUCGAAAUCAUCAUCAGAAGCAUUUGGAUUAUUACCACCAACGAAUGGAAAGCCUGGAGGUCCAGUAAGACAAGAGAGCGGAUACUUUACAGCUCAACAUAGUUUAAGAUCUAAUAUAUCUGUAGAAGUUACUAAUCCUACCAUAAAUUCAGGAUCGAAUUCAGGGGGCUUAUUAACUCCUCCAUUAUCUUCACUUGCUGCACCAAAAUCAUCUAAUGGAUUAGGUUCGAUGUCAGAAUUCAUAAACAAUCACGGUAAUUCUUCAACACAUUCUUCGAUAUCAAAAAUGGGAUAUGCUAGAUCACCCGUAAGGCACGGAAGUUAUGACAUGCCCAAUCAUGAUUCUUCUCAUGGUGUGCCGCUUUAUAGGUCAAGUAGCCAAGGAAAACAAUAUCCUACUUCUCAAGCAGCUCGUAGGGUUAGAUCUGCCACUACUUUAAAUACUUAUAGACCGACUCACGAAGAUAUUAUGACCAAAUCUAAACACCUUCAACCAGAUACUGACAAUAAUAAUUUAGCCGUAGGUUCAAGACAGAGAUCUACAAGUAUAAGCAAUGUGCAAAGAUCUCCGAAACCAAAACUUCUUGCAGACGAAAGCGGAGCCUCAUCUCAUUUACUUACACCUUCACCAUCGUCAUCAAAAUUUAAUCAAUUAACUUUAUCAUUAAAUCAACAAAAUUCUCCAACUAGACCAUUAUUUACAGGAAAUGGAGCAAGCGCACAAAAUAUAUCUACAACAACAUCAAUAAAUUAUGCGGGACCUGAAUUAAAAUCAUUAAAAAUGGAUAAUUAUCGUGGGAGUAUUGAAGUUUAUGAAGAUUUAUCAAAAACUACAGAUGAUUUAUUACAAUGGUUAACAUUAUUAGACGCCGGAAUUAAUCAAUUAUUAACAAGAUUUUAA